AUGAAGAACCAAGAGAUUCAAGAAGCCCAAGCGGUCAUGGCGAUGAGCGCGCCGUCGAUGUUGAAGUGUAUGCGGCAGGCAGUCGAACAUUACCAGAGACACGAUUUCUCGCUGAAGCAGACACUGAACUACUGUCUGUCCGAUCGAGUGGACCUUAAAAAGCCUGAAGAGAUUGAAAUAGACAACGACCUGCUCAUGCACAUGAACGCUUCCCCGGCAUGGCGCCUUGGACGGCCUAAUAAGGAUGCGGUGCAAAUUACACACGAGAUGCGGAGAGAAGCGAAGGAGGAACAACGGAGGACAUUCAGGCCGGAGCAGCAACCGGCAUGGCUCAAGCAUGACCGGCAGACACUGCGGUUCUACGCCUAUUUCCAAGAGCCUGUCCAUGACAGUCCAACUGAAAACUAUCGCGUGCGUUAUUGUAUUCUCCUUUUCUACCUUGAAGACGGUACAAUGCAGAUCAUGGAGCCACGGAUUGAAAACAGCGGCAUACUGCAAGGAACCUUCCUCAAAAGACAUAGAUUCCCGCGCCCCGACGGCUCUGGCUUUUUCACUAUGGAAAAUCUCAAGCUGAGCACCGACGUUACCAUCUACACACGCGUCUUUCGUAUUAUCGACUGCGACCCUUUCACCAAGUGGUUUUACGAACAGUGCAACUUGGAUGUUGGACACCCGUCCGAGCCUCUAAGCGAUAACUUCUUUGAGAAUGAGGUUGUCCGCCGGGCCCACUUCCUUCUUCGGCGACGCUUGGUGCCAAAAGAUGUUAAAGAGUCCCGUGAGUAUACGGAAAUUAUGCUCGGUGGGAGUAGAAAGAACGUGGGCCUUAAACAGCAUUUGAACAACGACAGGAAAGUGUUACGCUUUUAUUGUUUUUGGGACGAUAAGACAAACUACGGGAUGCGCAGCUACUACGUAAUUCAUUACUUCCUCGCAGAUGAUACAGUCGAGAUUCUCGAAUGCUAUCCCAAGAACUCAGGCAAAAGAGAAUUCCCCACUUUUCUCAAGCGGCAACAACUUCCGAAAGAGCCGUCGAUUACCUCGUGUCCUGGAAUGGUCCCGAAGAAAACGGAUAAUUACAGGCCUGAAGAUUUCGAAGUUGGGAAAGAGAUCACCGUUUAUAACCGACAGUUUCAUCUGUACGACUGCGACGAGUUUACGCGAGAGUUCUACCUCAAAUACACUGGGCUGCGACAAGGGAAGGAAACAAUCGUUGACGAGCCUCUGGAGCUGCCGAAGAUUCAGUGGAAACCUCAUGUUCUUGGAAUUUCGACUGAAGAAGAUACACUCUCAUCUUGUCUCCGCAUCGUAAGGAGACGACGAUAG